AUGAUUGAAAACUCUGUUAAGGAUACGUUGGUAAGUAAGAUACGUAGGAUAAAAAUUGGUAGGCUAAUUAUCGACAGCGGAAUCUUUCAAGAAGUUGGUAAAAUUUUUACCGGAGAAUGCGAACAUUCAAGCGAAAAAAUUAAAAAAUUAUGUGAUAUUUCUUGGGACCUUAAUAAUUUACAAAAAUUAGGAUAUUGUCAUAAGGAUUUUCAUAGUGGAAAUAUAUUGCAAAAUGAACAUCAAACUUCUUACGUUUCAGAUUUUGGAUUUACAGGACCAGCAGAUAAGCAAAAUUCGAAUGACAAAAUAUAUGGAGUAUUACCAUAUAUCGCUCCAGAAGUCUUGAAUGGAGAAUUAUAUACAUUUGCCUCUGACAUAUACAGUUUUGGUGUAAUUAUGGCUGAAUUAUCAACUGGAAUCCUCCCCUUUUAUGAUCGAAAACAUGAUAUAUCUUUAGCAUUAGAUAUUUGUAAUGGUCUUCGUCCAGAUUUUGGAAAAGGAACUCCUGAAUUUUAUAAAGUAUUGGCUUAUAGGUUUUGA